AUGGACGGGGAUGGCGACGACGGGGAUGGCGAGUUUUUCAACGCGUCGAACACGACUACCUUGGAGGAUACGCGAGCCAAGGAUCUGUUUACAACCAUUACCACCCGUGAUGGUUUCGUUGCAGCGAGCUGGGAAGAGUCACAAACGCAUCUGCUUCUGUUUCUGGGCCUCUGGGCGGGGCUUCUCCUCGUCUCCUUGACCAUGGGAAUAUCCCGCCGAAUUUGGUCGCCCGACUCGCUGAACAAACAGCUGGGCAUGCAGAUAGCAGUGCUCAAGCACAGCGCGUACUGGAACAUCUUCAUGUUCUUGCUGCUGUCAUCCUUGGUGGUCCUCUACGUCCUUCGCGCGGAGAGGAUACGACUGGACGAGAAUUUGACGUUCCUGGAGAUCACCGCCGUCUCCUUCUAUGCAAUUGAGGCCUUCAUCAACUGGUUCUACUACUCCAGUGGAGGGAUCGAUGGCAUCAUCAGGUUUUUCUGGGGCUACAUGAUGGUGGUGUGCCUCGUGAUCCCUUCCGUCUUGUUUAGAAGUCUUUCCGGACAGCAGUCCCACUUUUCUUUCGCCUUCUGUGCGUCGAUGCGUGCUUCGCAGAUCUACAAGGAGUGGGUGACCUUCCACCGUCGUGGGCGGAUCACGUUCUCCGACCAUCUGACCAUGUACGCUGGUACCUUCUUCUCCGGCGCUUUCUCUAUAGCCAUGUUGAUUCGCGAGCUCGAGAGUUUCGAAGGGUUCGAUCCGAACUUCUUGAAUGGCAGCGAACCGCCGGAUGGCAUCAACGCCACAGCGUAUGAGCGAUGGUCGCUCUUCGCCUCCUUCUACGUCAUGGUGCUCAACACUUCCAAAGUGGGUUUCGGAGAUCUGCUACCUCGUAAUCCCGUGGCGCAGUUCUUCUCCCUUGUUGGCACAUGCUCCUGUGUGUAUCUUAUGGCAACGGUGAUGCUGAAGGUACUCAAGCUCAACGAAGCGGGCGGCCUGUCGCGUCCGAAGUACCCGAAUCGGUCGGGCUACAGGCACGUCGUCCUGACGGGCUCUGCAUCGCUGCAGGUGUACAUCGACUUCCUGCACGAGUUCUUUCAUGUCGACAAUGCCUCCGAAACCGAUGAUAUCGAUGUGGUGAUCCUGCACCUCGCAGGACAUCGGAGUGUCAUGCAGCAGCUCCAAUCUUACCUUGGAAAAGGGGGCAGCGAAGACCUCCGGCUCCUGCGAAAGGUUUGGAUGGUGGAGGGAUCGGCCUUGAAAGCCGAGGACCUCGAUCGCGUCCGCUUUUCAUCGGCCUCUGCGGCCUUCCUCCUGCCAAACAUGUAUGGGACUGACCCGGAGAAGGAGGACGUGGGCAACCUCAUGCGAGCCCUUACCAUGAAAAGGCACACCUCCUACAUCCGUGUGGUGUGCAUGAUGAUGAAGGCCCACUCCAUGGAGGGACUUCUGGCCGUCGGUGUGCCGCGACAGGACAUCAUCUGCUUCGAUUCAGUGCUCCAGGGCCUCAUCGGCAAGGCUGCUGAGGUCCAAGGCUACCUGCCCCUGCCGGCCUCGAUGCUCAAGACUUCCAAGGCCUUGUCCAAUGCAGAGAUCACCAAGAAGGGGCUCAUUUGGGCGGAGGAUUAUGCUAUGAGCUUAGGGAUGACUCUGUUUGAUAUGGAGCUGCCCUCCUCCUAUAAGACGGUGCCCUUCUGUGAGGUGGCCACAGACAUAAGUGAACGCAGCGGCUACAAGGCCUUCCUCAUCGGGCUAGCCGAGGAGGCCUUGUAUCCCACAGACUCGACCGAGUUCGUUCUCUUCCCGAACAAGUACUACCGCGUGGGCUUGCAGAAGGACAGAGACGUCAAGGGACUCAUCUUAGCCAGAGCCAAGGAGGAUGUGAAGAUGGCUCUGCCCGGACGUGCCAUCCGCUGGUCGCCGGACCAAUGGGUGAGCAACACUGCGCAGGUGCAGGUGAAUCCUCAUCUCUCCUCCCUCAAAGCAGAGAAGGACAAGGAAGGAUGGGUCCGAGAUCACUUCAUCGAGGAGCAGUCGAAGCAGGAGUACCUCACGGAGAAGUUGGUCCACACUGCGAAGCGGCGCGCGGCCAUGGGCCUCAUCCAUGGGGCGAAGAUGAGUCGGGUGCACGUGGAAGCCUAUCUCGAGGACACCGACGACGACCUCUUCGACAUGAACGAUGCCCUCGAGGAUGUCAUGGAAGAUCCCACCUCGGACGUUAUGAAGGAUCCCUUUGAGCGCGCUCUGCUAGAGCGGCGGAUGAAGUCGAAGCAGCAGAUCCUCGCAGAGAAGGAGAAGCUGGACACUGAAGCAGCCGACGACGUCCUCUACGGCGAGAACGAAAGCAUUCGGUUGGGCUUGCAGCAAAUCCACCUUGCCGAUGAGGCUGAAGUGAAGCUGCGGACUCCGGACCCCAUUGUCCUUCGCGAGGAUGAGGUCCUCUGGGGGUCGGCGGUGCAGCCGGCUGAGAAGAUCUGGGCCAAUGCAAAGGAGCCGCCAGAAGAGGUCCUGGUUCGUGGCGAGCACGUCCUUGUGUUGAGCCUCGAAAGCGACUUACCCGAGGAUGCAGCGAACGAUGAGGAGGAUGUCGUCGCAACGGGCAAACGGCGGCCGAUGAGACCUGGUCGUGCCCUCCCGCUUGAGACCUUCAUCCGCUCCUUGAGGUGCCAGCGGAAGCGACGUCCGAUCGUGGUGGUCUCCAGGCGGGUGCCAGUUGACUGGGCGAGGGUCAUGAACGAGCCCUCCGUGUUCUUGGUGCUGGGAGUGCCUUUCUCCCCGCAAGUGCUGCAGCGCGCCGGCUUCGUGCGGGCGAAGUCGGUGGUGAUUUAUCAGCGCGAUGUCACGAAGUGCACGGAUGCAGCGCUGGUGGACUCAAAGGCCAUCUUUGCACAGCGGCUGGUGGAAGCGCUGUUGCAUGAUGCAGGCAGGAAGAAUGUGCCGGUGAUCAUGCACAUUCACCUGGAGGUGAACACAGAGCUCAUGACGGAGACCUCGGAGCCCAAGAAAGCUCAAGGAUUGUUGGAGAUGCUCGAGUCCAAGAGGGGCGAAGAGGAGGAAGAGGAUACCGGUGGGCCCACGCGGAACGUCGAGGCUGAGGAGAUGCAGCAGAUCAUUCUCCAGCAUCGCUUCGCUAGCGGAAUGCUGAUGAGCUCGAAUCUUCUGACCUGCCUGAUGGCCAAUGUUAUGUUCCAGCCCUCCUUAGCCGCUGUCAUCGAUGAGAUGUCCAGGGCGGCAUUCACCGUCGUCGAGGUGCCUCCAAACUGGCGUGGGCUCACCUUCGGCCAGCUCUUCAGCUUCAUGAUGCGGAAGAGGAACAUGAUGCCGAUGGCCCUCCUCCGGAAGACGAACGCGCAGGACGCCUUGGACUUCAUCGACAGCUCCGUGGAAAGCCGUAAAGUGGAAGAUCCCGAAGAGAAGCUCGAGGUCCUCUACGGCAAGGUGUCCCAGAUGGUCGAGGAUUGGCGCAGCCUCCUGGAUGCUGCCGACCAGAAGCGUUGGCAGGCCGGUGGCCAGCCUUUUGGCCGGUACACUCUCGUAAUGCCCGCCGGUACCUCUUUCGUCGUGUACAACGAUGGCGUGCUCUGCAUGCAGCCAACUACCAGGACUACUCUGCCUCAGACGGGGGUGAAGCGAGAACGCUUCGACGCUCCACUUUCCCGGCAGCAGCUGGCGGCAAUGAGCGUCAAGUCAUAG